AUGCAUAGGCCAUGGCUCAGCAGACGAAUCAACGAUGAAAAUAAAAUCAAUGCUAGCAUAGUCACAACGUCUGAAGCUCCGGAAAUCUCUUCCACAGUUGGUCUUAAAAAAAAGUUAGUUUACAUGGAAGAUUUAAAAAAGGCUCUAGAUGAAUUUGAAAAGAAGCUUGACCGUGGCAGCUCUACCACAAAUAGCAACCAGUAUGCUUCCACGAAUCAUUUCAAUCAGAACGUUAACCGUAUUAUGGAAAUAUUGAAGAAAGGUGUCCACGUGGAGACGAGCGUUCCAGAACCACAUGAUGAAAAUCUAGAUUGGAUACAAAUAAAAAUACCGAAGGACAUGUGA